UACGUCACCGCAAUGGGAGGAGAGCUUCUCUGGCUCGCAAACUCUGCUGCUCUGGAGGAUUCACGCGCGCCAUGAUUGUCUUAAGGAUUGAUAAGGUACCUCUGAAGAAACCAUGACUAGGUGGGCACGAGCCACUACCACACAUAACAAGAGACCCUUGCCUGCAACAUCAUGGGAAGACAUGAAAAAGGGAUCCUUUGAGGGUACAAGCCAAAGCCUACCAAGGGAUAAACAGCUUGAGGCCAAUAGGCUGGCUCUUAAAAAUGUUGCACCCCAGACAAAACACAAAAAGAACAAAAAGAAAAAGGAGUACCUAAAUGAGGAUGUGAAUGGAUUCAUGGAAUACCUAAGACAGAACUCACAGAUGGCUCAAAAUGGGGUGAUGAUAGCAACAGACAGCCAGGAAGUAAGGGAAGAAAUUGCAAUCGCUUUAAAAAAAGACAGUCGACGGGAAGGAAGAAGAUUAAAAAGACAGGCAGCAAAGAAAAAUGCAAUGGUAUGUUUCCAUUGUAGAAAACCUGGCCAUGGGAUUGCAGAUUGCCCGGCUGCCCUUGAGAAUCAAGAUAUGGGCACCGGAAUAUGUUACCAGUGUGGUUCCACGGAGCAUGAAAUAACCAAGUGCAAGGCUAAAGUAGACCCAGCUCUUGGUGAAUUUCCUUUUGCAAAAUGUUUUGUUUGUGGUGAAAUGGGACACUUGUCCAGAUCUUGUCCUGAUAACCCCAAAGGACUCUAUGCUGAUGGUGGUUGCUGCAGACUUUGUGGCUCGGUGGAACAUUUUAAGAAAGAUUGCCCUGAGAGUCAGAGUUCAGAUCGAAUGGUCACAGUUGGUCGCUGGGCAAAGGGAAUGAGUGCAGACUAUGAAGAAAUUUUGGAUAUUCCUAAACCACAGAAACCCAAAACAAAGACACCUAAAGUUGUUAAUUUUUGAUAAGAUUAGUCAUAUGGUUAAUUAUCACCUCAUUGCUACCCUCUGAACUGGACCUACUUCCCAAGAUGGAGCUGAGCUCCCUCAAAAAUCAUUUCCUGAGUUUUGUCCUUUAAGGAGUACUUCCACCGUUCUUUGGAGAAAAUCACUGAAGAACAGUAUAAGAUGUUUAAAUUGCGUCCUCUAAGAGAACAUAUUUUUAACUGGCAGAACUUAGGUAUAACUGGUGGUUGUAUACCUGAUUGUAACAGUCAACUUUUCUUAAAAACAAAGGAAAUUCUGCAUUAAUGUCAGCCACCCUUAAUCAAAGGGUAACUGCUUUAUGUUUGGAAAUAAACUUUGCUAUAUUGUUUUCUUAUUUCAAAGUAUUUUAUUAUUACAGUGGAAACUUAUUUAUAAAUUGCCACAGAAUUGGCUGUAUUAAAAAUCUUGAAUAAAACUCA